GAAAUGAAGAAAGCAGAGCUGGUUUUCAUUCCUUCACCAGGGAUGGGUCACCUGGUAUCAACUGUUGAACUAGCAAAGCUUCUUAUUGAUCGUGGUGAACAAUUAUCGAUCACAGUUCUGAUUAUGAAGCUGCCUUUCGAUAAAAAGGUGAGUAGCUACACAAGUAUGCUGUCAGAGUCUUCAGAUUCACGCAUAAGGUUUCUUGAUCUCAAACCAGGAGAGUCUUCUUCGCAAUCGACAUUUUCUAGUGCGUUUCUUUAUCAUUUUAUCGACAACCACAAAAGUAGUGUAAGGGAUAUUCUUGCUGAAAUGACUAAUUCUGCCUCAUCUGAUCUCGCUGGAGUUGUCAUUGACAUGUUUUGCACCUCCAUGAUUGAUGUAGCCAAUGAAUUUGGGGUUCCCUCGUAUAUAUUCUAUACAUCUGGUGCUGCAAUGCUUGGCCUUGUAUUGCAUAUGCAGAGUCUGAGAGCUGAUUUUAAUGAAGAUGUGACUAAUUACAAGAAUUCAGAUGUUGAGUUAGCUAUUCCAACUUAUAUUAAUCCUGUUCCAGCUAAAGUUCUACCUUCCGUAAUCUUUGACAAGGAUGGAGGUUGCGACAUGUUUCUCAACCAAGCCAAAAGAUACAAGGAGACCAAGGGAAUCAUCAUUAACACUUUCCUCGAGUUAGAAUCCCACGCAGUAAAGGCUUUAUCCAACGAUAAAACUAUCCCACCGGUCUAUGCAGUCGGGCCUGUGUUGAAUCUUAAGGGAAGUGUUGUUUUCAAUGGUCCAAACCAAGACACUGAGAUGAUCAUGAAAUGGCUUGAUAAUCAGCCUGUUUCUUCUGUCGUGUUCCUUUGCUUUGGUAGUGCAGGAUCUUUUGAUGGUGAACAAGUGAAGGAAAUUGCUCAUGCACUCCAGCGUAGUGGAGUUCGAUUCUUGUGGUCUUUGAGAAGGCCUCCACCUAAAGGAAAGUUUCAGUUUCCAGGUGAUUAUGAGGACCCGGAAGAAGUCCUGCCAGAGGGGUUCUUGCGGGGAACUGCAGAGGUGGGAAAAGUCAUUGGAUGGGCACCACAGGUGGCAGUACUAUCCCAUCGUGCUGUGGGAGGAUUCGUCUCUCACUGUGGCUGGAACUCAACGCUGGAGAGCUUUUGGUGCGGCGUUCCAAUGGCAACUUGGCCACUCUAUGCCGAGCAGCAGACGAAUGCCUUCCUAAUGGUGAAGGACUUGGGGAUGGCUGUGGAGAUUAAGAUGGAUUUCAGAAAAGAUUUUCUAAUGGAGGCUCACGAGAUUGUCAGGGCAGUUGUGAUUGAAAAUGGGAUUAAACAGCUCAUGGAGUCUGAGAGUGAAUUCAGAAAUAAGGUGAAGGAAAUGAAAGAGAAGAGCAGGAUGGCUCUCCAUGGAGGAGGAUCAUCCUCUGAUUCCUUGAGACGUUUUCUGGACGACAUAAUGGAUAACGUUCCAAAAUUACAUUAAUUUUUUUUUUUUUUUGCACUCAGAGCUGAAGAUCAACUAUGACUGAGCCUAUGAACUCUGCAUAGCAAUGUUUAGCAAGUCAUUUUUCUUUCGUAUUUUUUUUUCUGUAUUUUUGUUCAUGUGCAGUACCUUUUGAUUUCCUGAAAU